CACGUUUGCGCUUGGAUUUCCGUCUGUGCGUUCUGAUUCGGAUAUUCUGCGAUAUAUCUUCCGUGGAAAAGUUUGUGCUGUGUAGCCUAAAAAGCUCGUCCCUUCGUUCAUUUGCGUUCAAGUGGUGCGUUGAUACGGUACAUCCGGAUUCGCGUGUAGUGCUGUGCGAUAAGGUUGUCUAAUCAAUCAGCUAGUGCUUGGUACCCCUUGCAGUGCUGUAAGCGUAUGCAGUUCCGCGGCAUCUUCGUCUUUCGAGUACCGUGUUUGUGGUGACAUCGGUUCGGGUAUUGUUUAUCGGCCUGUGUGUAUCUUUUUUUUGUGUUACCUCGCCCAACUUGAAGAGGAGUAAGAAAAAAAAAUUACAGCUCAACUUCGUCGCGUUUCUCUGUUUCGGUGCCGCACCGAAGUCUAGUGCUGUAGAAGUGUAAGUGGUUCUACCACUUGUGACGGCAAGAGUAAAUAGAAAACCCCCGAUCAGCCGGCCGCCCGAAGUGAACAAGUGCAAGAAGUGGUGGCAUUAGGCUGCAAAAUAAGUAUAAUAGAAGAAACGCCGACAAAAGGCGUUUCCAGUGUGCUCAAAGAGAAAGAAAAAGAGAAACGAUUCAAGCAUCCGUCGACAGGCUGCGAUAAAGCACUAGGAGGAGGCGGCGGUGGUCAGUGAUAACAGAAAACAAAAUUAGUAAAAUCCGAAGCACGCGUGUUCGUAGGAGUUUCGCAUUAGAAAAGAAGAAGAAGAAGAGGUAGCAAACCGCCCAACAACAACAAUAAUAAAAGACAUAAAAACAACAACAACAACAACAACAACAACAAGAACAAACGAACCGAUCGAAAGGAUGGCGGAAGCCGCCGGCCAGCAGAACAACAUUGCCGCGUCCCAAGCCGUGGCAGGUCCCGGAGCUAACGGGGCUGGUGCCGCCGCGGGUGCAAACAACAACGGCGUGGUCAACACAAAUCCUAACGCUGAGGUCAUACGUGGUCAACUGUUCGAGGUCGGUCCGCGGUACACCCAGCUGGCCUACAUCGGCGAGGGAGCCUACGGAAUGGUUGUGUCUGCAGUUGAUACAGUGACAAAAACAAAAGUUGCAAUUAAAAAAAUUUCCCCCUUCGAGCAUCAGACCUACUGCCAGCGGACGCUGCGUGAAAUCAAAAUUCUCACCCGAUUCAGACACGAAAACAUCAUAGACAUAAGAGAUAUCCUACGGGUGCCUAGUAUAGAACAGAUGAAAGAUGUAUAUAUUGUACAAUGUUUAAUGGAGACUGAUCUAUACAAACUACUGAAAACACAGAGACUAAGUAACGAUCAUAUCUGCUAUUUCCUGUAUCAAAUUCUACGUGGUCUCAAGUACAUCCACUCGGCAAACGUGUUGCAUCGGGAUCUGAAACCCAGCAAUCUGCUACUGAACACAACUUGUGAUUUGAAGAUUUGUGAUUUCGGCCUAGCACGAGUGGCAGAUCCUGAGCAUGACCACACCGGCUUCCUGACGGAGUACGUCGCCACCAGAUGGUACCGAGCGCCGGAAAUUAUGCUGAACUCUAAGGGUUACACAAAAUCCAUCGACAUAUGGUCAGUGGGCUGCAUCCUGGCGGAGAUGUUAAGCAACCGUCCAAUCUUCCCCGGCAAACACUACCUAGACCAGUUGAACCACAUUUUGGGUGUGCUCGGUUCGCCAUCCCAGGAAGAUCUCGAGUGCAUAAUUAACGAGAAAGCCCGCAGCUAUCUGCAGUCGUUACCGUACAAACCGAAGGUACCGUGGUCCCGGCUGUUCCCCAAUGCCGACCCAAAUGCACUGGAUCUGCUGGGAAAGAUGCUGACGUUCAAUCCUCAUAACCGAAUCUCGGUGGAGGAAGCCCUGGCGCAUCCGUAUCUCGAACAGUACUACGAUCCUGCCGAUGAGCCCGUCGCUGAAGAACCAUUCCGCAUUGCGAUGGAACUGGACGAUCUUCCAAAGGAGACAUUGAAACGAUUAAUCUUCGAGGAAACGCUACGAUUCAACCACAAUGAUAAUCAUCCGGAUGCCAUGUAAUUGCCCGGCUGCUAGGUCACAUCUAGAGCCGUGUUUCCAUACGUCAUGCGCACCGGCUUGAAACGGUGUGUGUUCCAUCGAGAAAAUUAUCCUCGGCAGCAUAAUGCUGGGGACGGUUUUCGCUACCGGUUCCGGUCUACUUUCUACUGGAGUCGCAUGAGUUUUAUUUCCGGAAUACGCACGCAUGCAUACAUGAAAACGUGGACAGUUCCGAUCAGUCUAAUAUAUGAGCAAUUUUUUCGUUCUGCUUUUCCUACCUGAUGGUGGUAACCAAAUUAUGAACAAACUGAAACCUACCCAUGAGUAGCUUAGCGGGUUAUGAAAUAUUUUAAUUUUAUAUAAGUUUUCAAAUGAAGCCAGGCGAAAAAAUCCGGCAGAACAUUAGUUUAAAGGCUGUAUUGUUCGGUUUAGGUUUUAGAUCAAUUUUAGAUUUUAGAGGAAAACCAAUGGGUGGUUUCCCUGCGAGCGUGGAUUCCGAAAGUGGAACACUCUAAUGAACUGUCGUUCAUUCUGAGAGGAAGGAGUCGCUCGCUGCAAUCGGCUUAGUUUAUCCCAAAUGUUUAGGUGAAUUAUUUUAUAGACCUGUUUUGUUGCGAGAAAAUACCAUUUAGGAAAUUUUUAUGUUAGAUUUUCAAUCAGAAAGUGGAUGUAGAUAAAACUAAAACAAAAAAAAAAGAUUAAAUAUUAACAAACUGUAUAGAAA